CUAGGACUGCAGGAAGCAUAAACCAGGGGCGCCUGGAAGGAAUUAGACGCAGGAAAGGUAGAACACAUAGAGUUGUGUGGCACUUCGCAGCUUUUACCUGUGUACUUGGAAAAAAACUUGAAUUAAUACCAACCAUUGUCACCAAAAUUUGACUACUGUUGGAUGUAUUUUUCCCGGUUUGUGUCAUUUGAUAAAUGACAUCACCACAGCAGCCUGUCAAGAUGGUCUUGUGCAUUUAGAAAGACAUGCACCGGCAUGAUCCAUGAGUAAGAUUAUAAAGAAGAAGAAACUAAAUCUUCAACUUUUUUCAGACGUUAUAUGGAAAACGAGGAUAUUGCACAUCACAGCAACUGUAAGAAGGGAGUGUUGAGCUUCAUGAAGGAUGUUUUGAAAAAACAAAAACUUUUAAACAGUUUCACCGCUGGAAACGGAGCCUCGUCUGACUGCAUCUCAUAGGACCAGGACACUACAAAGCUGCUUCAAGAUGGGCUGUGACAAAGUCAUAACCUACCUGAGGAUAUUCGGGACAACACUGUUCGGAGUCUCACUGCUGGUGGGCAUCUCCACGGCCUACAUCAUGGGCUACCAAUUCUUCACCACUACUGGCAACUACCUGUCAUUCGGCCUGUACGGGGCCAUACUGGUCAUCCACCUCAUCAUCCAGAGCCUGUUUGCCCUCCUGGAGCACCGCAACAUGCGCCGCUCGCUGGAGACGCCCAUCAAGCUCAACAAGUCGCUGUCGCUGUGCAUCGCCGCCUACCAGGAGGACCCGGCCUACCUGCGCAAGUGCCUGGUGUCCGUCAAGCGCCUCACCUACCCGGGCAUCAGGGUCAUCAUGGUCGUCGACGGCAACAAGGAGGACGACCUGUACAUGAUGGAGAUCUUCCGGGAGGUGAUGGGGCCCGAGCGCGUCUCCACCUACGUGUGGCAGAGCAACUUCCACUCGCGCGGCCCCGGCGAGACGGACGAGACGUACGCCGAGAGCAUACGGCACGUGACCAGCCUGGUGCUCAGCAGCAAGUGCCUGUGCAUCAUGCAGAAGUGGGGCGGCAAGCGCGAGGUCAUGUACACGCCCUUCAAGGCCCUGGGGAGGAGCGUCGACUAUGUGCAGGUGUGUGACUCGGACACCAUGCUGGAUCCAGCGUCCUCUGUGGAGAUGGUGAAGGUGCUGGAGGACGACCCCAUGGUUGGAGGAGUAGGAGGAGACGUCCAGAUUCUGAACAAAUACGAGUCGUGGAUCUCCUUCCUGAGCAGCGUACGCUACUGGAUGGCGUUCAACAUCGAGCGGGCGUGCCAGUCCUACUUCGGCUGCGUGCAGUGCAUCAGCGGCCCCCUGGGGAUGUACCGCAACUCCCUGCUGCAGGAGUUCCUGGAGGACUGGUACAACCAGACCUUCAUGGGCAGCCACUGCAGCUUCGGCGACGACCGACACCUGACCAACCGCGUGCUGAGCCUGGGCUACGCCACCAAGUACACGGCGCGCUCCAAGUGCCUGACGGAGACGCCCAUCACCUACCUGCGCUGGCUGAACCAGCAGACGCGCUGGAGCAAGUCCUACUUCCGCGAGUGGCUCUACAACUCCAUGUGGUUCCACAAGCACCACCUGUGGAUGACGUACGAGGCGGUGAUCACGGGCUUCUUCCCCUUCUUCCUCAUCGCCACGGCGAUCCAGCUCUUCUACCAGGGCCGGCUCUGGAACAUCCUGCUCUUCCUGCUGAUCGUGCAGGCCGUGGCGCUCAUCAAGUCCUCCUUCGCCAGCUGCCUGCGCGGCAACAUCGUCAUGGUCUUCAUGUCCUUCUACUCCGUCCUGUACAUGUCCAGCCUGCUGCCCGCCAAGAUGUUCGCCAUCGCCACCAUCAACAAGUCCGGCUGGGGCACGUCGGGCAGGAAGACCAUCGUGGUGAACUUCAUCGGCCUGGUGCCCAUCUCCGUGUGGUUCACCAUCCUGUUCUUUGGCAUUAUAUACACCAUCAUACAGGAGACCAGGAAGCCUUUUCCCGAGUCGGAGAAGAUCAUCCUGAUCAUUGGCGCCAUUGCGUACGCCAGUUACUGGGUGGUGCUGUUGACGUUGUACCUGGCGCUGAUAGCCAAGUGUGGCAAGAGGAAAAGUGAACAGCAAUACGACAUGGUGCUGGAUGUGUGAUUGUCCCUCCUUUCCUUCCUCCCUUCUCCUUCUCC